UUCUUUAUUUUAGAAAUGUGUUAUUGAAUCUGUUUAGUAUACACACUUUGAAAUAUGUUUUGUGUAAGUUUAGCUGUAUUGCUGUUUUGCUGCACCAUCUGCUACUGUGCUGUAGAUCAGUGUGGCGAGACACAUGAAACAUACUCUAAUUGGCUUCAUGAAGAAAAUACUUGCUCAGAUUCUCAAGAUAUUGGUGAUUUUGGAAGUUCUCUGAUUAAAGACAUUUACACAUCUAUCAAAAAGGCAGAAUAUGAUUUAGCCAAUCCAUCAGAUUACCCUCCCCACUACAGUCCUCAGGAGGGAGAAGAGUUUGAUUUCAUCAUUGUUGGUUCCGGCUCAGCGGGGGCUGUCAUUGCCAACCGCUUGUCUGAGAUCUCAGAGUGGAACAUACUCCUUCUUGAAGCUGGUGGUAACCCUACAAAAACUACUGAGAUACCCAGUGUUUACAUGGCACUUUCUAAGUCUGAGUUGGAUUGGCAGUACCAAACAGAUCAGUCUGAGGAUAACUGUCUCGGGAUGGUAAACAAUAGUUGUAAUAUGCCAAGAGGAAAAGUGCUUGGAGGCACAAGUGCGAUUAAUGGGAAUAUGUAUGUUAGAGGAAACUGGAGAGAUUUUGAUUCAUGGGCAGCUGCAGGAAAUGAAGGCUGGGAUUAUGAAAAUGUUCUAAAAUAUUUCAAAAAAUCAGAAAACAUUAAAUCAAAAGAGGUUCUGCAAACUUCUAAUUAUCAAAAUUACCAUGGAGAAAAUGGAUUUUUAACAGUAGAUUCAUUUAAUGAUUAUGGAUUAGAUGGUUUAAUUAGUGGAUUUGCGGAAGGAAUGAAAGAACUUGGAUAUGAUACUAAUAUGGAUGUAAAUGGAGAAUCCCAAACUGGGUUUGCAAAAGUACAAGGAACAAUUAUUAAUGGAAAACGUUGCAGUACUGCUAAAGCUUUUUUAAGUCCAAUUAAGGACAGAACAAAUCUGAAAAUUUCUAAAAACUCUUUAGUGACCAAGCUAAUUAUGGGUAAAACUACUAAGACAGCACAUGGGGUGACAUUUUUGGAUAAACAAGGUAAAGAGAUCCAAGUCAGAGCAAGAAAAGAAGUCAUUAUUUCUGCUGGUGCUAUAAACUCUCCACAGCUUCUAAUGUUAUCAGGAAUUGGACCCAGAAAACACUUAGAAGAGUUGGGCAUUGAGGUGAUCCAAGAUUUGCCUGUAGGUGAGAAACUACAUGAUCACAUGAUAAUGGUAGGACUUGUGUUGUCUUUUAAUUACACAAGAGAAAUCAAGUCAAUUACUGAUCAUAUGUAUGACUUUCUGAAAACAAGUAACAGCAAAUUAUCAAGUAUAGGUAUGUUGGGGUACUCAACUUUUAUAAAUACACUUGAAAACAAAAUUGAUUUUCCGGAUAUGCAGAUACAACAUGGUAACUUUGAAGUUAAUGAUGUAAAAUCACUUGCUUUAAUUUUAGAUCGUUUGGGUCUUAGGGAAGAAAUAAGUAAGCAGUAUCAUGAAAUCAAUUCUAAGAGAUACAUUGUACUGUUACUACCAACAUUGCUUAGACCGGCCAGCACAGGUAAGAUAUUGCUGUCAUCUACAGAUCCCACUGACAAACCACAAAUCAUAACAGGAUUCCUAUCAAACGAUGAUGAUUUUGAAACACUUUUGCGCACAACUGAGUUCAUUUCAAAAUUUUCCUCAACAAAAGCAAUGAGGAAACUAGACACACAGUUCCAUGAGAUAGCUCCACCUGCUUGUACAGUUCAUCCUUUAUCAUCAAGAGAAUUUAGGAAGUGUGCACUAAGACAUCUCACAUCGACCUGCUGGCAUCAGACGUCCACAUGCAAAAUGGGAUCUGAAAAAGACCCCACUGCGGUAGUCAACCCCCAACUGCAGGUGAGAGGUGUGAGACAGCUGCGAGUAGCGGACGCUUCCAUCAUGCCUUCAGUUGUCAGCGGCAAUACCAAUGCGGCGGUUAUCAUGAUUGGUGAAAAGGCAGCAGACUUAAUCAAGGAAAGUUGGUUGUAGAAAUACUUGACUGAUGAAAAAUAUGGUUACAUCUUAAUGUAAUUACACAGGUUGGUGAAUAAAAAAAAUUAUAUAAAUUGUACAGACUUACAUAGGAAUCUAAAAAAUUCAUUAUAUAUAUAUAUCCACCCAAAGGUCAUACUGAAUUUUGGAUAUACUGUAGUUAGAGCAAUUAGUAAGUAAAAAUUAAAGGCUGCACGAUCACUCCCUUUACAUUCUUGACAAAAAACUACAAUAAUUAUUAUAGCUCAAUACUUUACAAAAGAAAAAAAACCAAUCCUUUUCUCAGUGUGUUGCCUAUAAUUUUUUUCUGUGAAUUUUACCUUAUGAAUGGUAAAAAUACCAUAUAAACUUGUAACAAGAUUAUAUUUUAUAUUUUUAGUACUUUUUAUGAUGAAUAGCAAGCCAAUGUACACAAAGAUAUGAUACAGAA